AACUCUUGCAUUGGGAAUAACAGCUUCAGUAGAAUAAAACUUUCCUCUCACGCAUAAGAGAGCACUCUUCAAGAGGUGAGACUUGGGCACAAGGGUCCUUUGUUUAAAUCUGAUGAUUAAAUUUGUCUUUGAAUCAGCCAAGAUCAGUUUAUCUGAGGAGACCCCCUUCUUCAGGAAGUCAAGAUGUUUGCUGUGCAUCUACUGUCUUUUUAUUUCUCAAAGCUGCAGGAGGAUCAGAUAAAGAAGGUCGACAGAUAUCUUUAUGCAAUGCGCCUAUCUGAUGAGCAGUUGGCAGACAUAUCUGCUCGCUUUUGCCUGGAGAUGGAGAAAGGACUGUCAAGUGAGAGCAACGCAACAGCUGCAGUGAAGAUGCUCCCAACCCACGUUUAUUCAACGCCUGAUGGCUCAGAGAAGGGUGAGUUUCUGGCACUGGAUCUGGGUGGUUCAAAAUUCAAGGUACUACAGGUGAAGGUCUCAGAAAAUGGGAAGAGAACAGUACAGAUGGAGAGUGAAACCUUUCCCAUCCCUGAAGAUAUUGUUAACGGGAGAGGAACAGAGCUUUUUGAGCAUGUGGCAGAAUCUUUGAAAACUUUUCUACAGAAGCACCACAUUAACCAGAAAAGGAAACCUCUCGGCUUCACCUUCUCUUUCCCCUGUGCACAGUCCAAAGUAGAUGAGGGCAUCUUAUUGUCAUGGUCAAAGAAUUUCAAGGCCAGAGGUGUUCAAGGGACUAACGUGGUGGAGUCAUUAAGGAAAGCCAUUAAGAAAGUUGGCGGAGUUGAUGUGAAUGUCCUGGCUAUGGUCAAUGACACAGUGGGGACCAUGAUGACCUGUGGAUAUGAUGACCAGAACUGUGAGGUGGGAGUUAUUAUAGGUACCGGCACUAAUGCUUGUUACAUGGAGGAGUUGAGACACAUUGACCUGGUGGAAGGAGAUGAAGGCAGAAUGUGUAUUAAUACUGAAUGGGGGGCUUUUGGAGACGAUGGUGUGCUUGAUGAUUUCAUCACAGAUUUUGACCGUGAAAUUGACGCCGCCUCAAUUAAUCCAGGAAAACAGCUCUUUGAAAAGAUGAUCAGUGGGCUGUACAUGGGUGAGCUUGUGAGACUUAUCCUGCUGAAGAUGGCCAAACAGGGUCUACUAUUUCAUGGCCAAGUCACUGAUGCUCUCCGAACCAAGGGGAAAUUUCAGACAAACCACAUCUGCUUGAUUGAACAGUAUAAAAGUGGAUUGGAGAACACCAGGGAGAUCCUGAAAGAACUGGGACUGAAUCCCUCUGAUGAUGACUGCAUCGCUGUCCAGCAUGUGUGCACUAUUGUCUCCUUCAGGUCAGCUAAUCUGGUUGCUGCCGCCUUGGCUGCCAUCCUCACACGGAUCAGAAAGAACAAGAAAUUGAAGACCCUUCGCACCACCGUAGGAAUGGAUGGAACAGUCUACAGAACACAUCCACAGUACCCCAAAAGGCUCCAUAAAGUGGUCCGUCAUCUGGUAUCAGAUUGUCAUGUCCGUUUUGUGCUGUCUGAAAGUGGCAGUGCAAAAGGUGCGGCCAUGGUGACUGCAGUUGCUCAGCGAUUAGCUUCUCAACGUAAGGAGAUUGAUGAUACCCUGGCAGCCUUUGCUUUAAACUCCACACAGCUCCAGGAAGUGAAGGAGAAGAUGCGUGUUGAGUUGGAGAGAGGCUUGAGAAAAGAUUCCCAUCCUACUGCUUCGGUAAAAAUGCUGCCAACCUAUGUUUACAGGACUCCAGAUGGGACAGAGAAAGGAAAGUUCCUUGCCUUGGAUCUCGGAGGAACCAAUUUCCGUGUGUUGGUGGUUAAGAUUCGUACUGGUUUGCGGAAAUCAGUCCGGAUGUACAACAAGAUUUAUGCCAUCCCACUGGAGAUCAUGCAGGGCACGGGAGAGGAGCUGUUUGACCACAUAGUUCAGUGUAUCUCUGAUUUCUUGGACUAUAUGGGGAUGAAGAACACUCGUUUGCCACUUGGCUUCACCUUCUCUUUCCCAUGCAGUCAGACGGGUAUUGAUAAGGGAGAUUUGGUCUGCUGGACAAAAGGCUUCAAAGCAACAGAUUGUGAGGGGUAUGACGUUGUGGAUAUGCUGAGAGAGGCCAUCAAAAGGCGAAAUGAAUUUGACCUGGAUAUCGUUGCUAUAGUGAAUGACACAGUUGGCACAAUGAUGACAUGUGCAUACGAGGACCCUAAAUGUCAGAUUGGUCUUAUUGCUGGAACGGGCAGCAAUGUGUGUUACAUGGAGGAGAUGAAGAACAUUGAGUUUGUGGAAGGUGAUGAAGGGCAGAUGUGCGUGAACACAGAGUGGGGAGGUUUUGGGGAGAACGAUAAUAUUGAGGACAUCCGGACCAAAUAUGACAAAGAGGUGGACAGAGGAUCAUUGAAUGUGGGAAAACAAAGGUUUGAAAAGAUGACCAGCGGAAUGUAUUUGGGAGAAAUUGUAAGGCAGAUUCUGACUGACCUAACAAAACGUGGUCUUCUAUUUUGUGGUCACAUCACAGAGCCACUGAAGACCAAAGGCAUCUUUGAGACCAAGUUCCUCUCACAGAUUGAGAGUGACCGUUUAGCACUGCUGCAAGUGAGGUCCAUUCUGCAGCAUCUGGGCUUGGACAGCACAUGUGAUGACAGUAUUAUUGUGAAGGAAGUGUGUGGAGCCGUUUCUCGCCGGGCGGCCCAGCUCUGUGGAGCUGGAAUGGCUGCUGUUGUGGACAAAAUUAGAGAGAACCGUGGGCUGGAUCAUCUGGAGAUUACUGUUGGAGUUGAUGGCACCCUGUACAAGUUACAUCCCCACUUCUCCACAAUCUUAAUAGACACUGUCAGACAGCUUUCCCCCAAAUGCAAGGUGGCUUUUAUCCUGUCAGAGGAUGGAAGUGGGAAAGGUGCAGCCCUGAUUACAGCUGUAGCACGGCAGCAUAAAGAGAAACAAGAACUUCACUAGACCCUCGGACUGCUUUUCUCAGAGUGCUGUUGCUGUUGUUUAAAGAGUGAAGGAUUUCUAGUAAUCAAAGAUUAUAAAAUGCUGAAACUCAAGAAAUCUUGCUUGUAUUUAGCUUUAUUCUUAUUUUUUAUUUUUUCUUCAUAUUUCUGCAUUAGUAUUAUUUGAUUUUGAAUGUCUUGAUCAGAGCAAUAAAGAUUGCAUCAGUAUGAGCCUGAGUACACCAGAGUACGCUCACUGUAAUCUGCAUUGCCUGUUUGUGGGCCUUUUUCUCAUUCGCUCUCCUUUUGUUCAGAAUCAGUGAGCGGUUUUGCAUGGGCAGUCAGAGUGAAUGGCUAACGGAGGCCAAACUAAAGGGGUUGGUGGCUGUGUGCAGUGGAAUGUCAUGACACUAUUUGGCAUGCUCUUUGGUAGUGAUUGAGAAGCUUGGUAACCAAGCACCCAAAUAAAACAAGAACUGCUAAACCCUUUCAA